GCCUGCAACGACACCAAUAUUACUGUACAAGGACAAGGACAAACAAAGAUGUCGUCUUUGAAGGAAAUAUUUGAAGGGCUGCCCAUAGAUCCCCUACCACCGAAAAAGCCUCGAGAUGAAACUAUUGCACAUGCGCCUAUAAGAACGCCAAAUUUAAGUCAUGAAGAACAAUCGUUGGCCUUGGAAAAUGCCUUGAGAUAUUUUCCACCGGAAAUCCAUGAAACUUUGGCAGAAGAGUUCGUCGAUGAAUUAAGAAAUUACGGACAUAUUUACAUGUACAGAUUGAUGCCCACGACUGAACUGAGAGCAUAUCCCAUAGAUCAGAUCCCUGCUCGGUCUAGACAUGCAGCCGCCAUUAUACAUAUGAUUCUGAAUAACCUUGACCCGUGCGUGGCUCAGUUUCCGCAAGAACUUGUAACUUACGGAGGAAAUGGACAGGUUUUCUCUAAUUGGGCUCAAUUUCUGUUGACGAUGAAGUACUUAUCAGAGAUGACGGAGGAGCAGACCCUGGUGAUGUACUCGGGUCAUCCAGCGGGACUGUUCCCUAGCUCCCCCUCAGCACCAAGGGUUGUUGUCACCAACGGAAUGGUAAUCCCAAAUUAUUCUUCCAGAGAAAUGUAUGAAAAGAUGUUUGCUCUUGGAGUAUCAGUGUAUGGUCAGAUGACGGCAGGAAGUUACUGCUAUAUAGGACCCCAGGGGAUCGUACACGGAACCACACUGACUGUAUUGAAUGCUGCCCGCAAACACUUGGGAUGCACCGAUAUGGCAGGCAAGGUAUUUGUUUCCUCUGGUUUGGGUGGCAUGAGUGGUGCACAGCCAAAAGCUGCUGCCAUAUGUGGCUGCAUUGGUGUUGUUGCAGAGGUAAGCAAAGAAGCUUUGGAGAAGCGAUACAAUCAAGGAUGGGUUAUGAAGGUCACGGACAGUUUAGACGAAUGUAUCAGCCUCAUACGGCAAGCCAAAAAACAGAAGAAAGCGUCCAGCAUCGGAUACCGUGGAAACGUGGUCGACCUAUGGGAGCGUUUAGUGUAUGAGUAUGAGAGCACCGGAGACUUGCUUGUAGACCUUGGUUCGGACCAGACAAGUUGUCACAACCCGUUUCAAGGAGGAUAUUACCCUGUUCAGCUGUCUUACGAGGAGGCACGAGUUGAAAUGCACGAAAACCCCGUCCGAUUUAAAAACCUAGUGCAAGAAAGUUUGAGGCGUCAUGUGGAUGCCAUUAAUAGACUCUCCGUCAGAGGGAUGUUUUUCUGGGACUAUGGCAACGCCUUUUUAUUGGAGGCAGGGAGAGCUGGGGCGGAUGUGGAAGAGAAGUCGGGGGUGACAGGGACCACCUUCCGCUACCCCUCCUACGUACAGGACAUCAUGGGAGAUAUAUUUUCUCUCGGCUUCGGUCCUUUCAGGUGGGUCUGUACCUCCGGAGAUCCCGGUGACUUGGAUGUUACGGACGAAAUAGCCACUUCAGUUUUAGAAGACAUCAUAAAUAAAGGGGUUUCACUAAACACCAAACAACAAUAUGAAGACAACAUCAGAUGGAUCAAGGAGGCCAAUCAAAACAAACUGGUGGUUGGAUCACAAGCACGAAUACUCUAUUCGGAUCAGAACGGCAGAAAAGAAAUAGCCACUGCAUUCAACGAGGCAGUCGGAAGCAAGAAACUUAAAGGACCAGUGGUGAUAAGUCGGGACCAUCAUGACGUUAGUGGAACAGACAGUCCCUACAGGGAAACCUCUAACAUAUAUGACGGAUCGGCCUUCUGUGCUGAUAUGGCGGUUCAAAACUGCAUUGGAGACGCCUUUCGUGGAGCCACUUGGGUGGCGCUACAUAACGGCGGAGGGGUGGGCUGGGGCGAAGUCAUUAAUGGUGGAUUUGGGCUGGUGUUAGACGGGUCCAAUGAGGCGAGGGAGAAAGCCCGCAGAAUGUUAGCCUGGGACGUUUCAAAUGGGGUCAACCGUAGGAGCUGGGCUGGAAAUGCCAAAGCUGAGGAGACUAUCUGUAGAACUAUGGAAGAAAACCCCGGCCUGAAAGUGACGGUGCCAUAUCAUGUGCAGGAUAAAGAUCUACUUAAAAGGGUCCUCAAAGACUAGACUAUUGUUCAUAGCAUCAUAAUGGCAUGCCAUGCCUACAUGUAAAUACAUGAAUUUUUGGUAAAUGUACAUGUAUUCUUUUAUCCAAUUUAUCCUGCAAUUCUUAGGCUCAUAUCAAAAUGCAUUGUCACCAAACAAAGAAAAUAACACUUUCAGAAUUACACAUUGACUUCUAUUCACUUUAAUUUCAUAUUUUUGUAUCUGAAUACAAUUUUUCCAGUUUAUCUACAAUGCAUCUGAACAUACAUCUUUUGAUUUUGCAGGAAAAAGCUAAGUAAGUCACUUAAAUCAUGUGCUUUCAUCUUAUUACAAGAACCAUUAAAGAGUGGUACUUUUUGUACAUUCCUUAAAAAUCCUACUUUUAGUAACUCUACUUUGAAAAUAAAUUAAAAAAAAAAAUCCAGGGGGGGGGGGUUGGUUGGAGGGAUUCCCCGACAUCCCCCUCCCCCAAAGAAUUACGCGUGCAGAAUAAGGGGAGUCGAGGAAUCUGGGCUCCUCCUGAUUUGUGCAUGCAGAUGAGAUAAUUCUUUGUUUAAGAAAAUCUUAUACCUUUCACAGGAUGAAACUCUGCUAUUCAGCCAACAGAAAUGUGAC